CGGCCUCCGUCCUUCCGCCGCCGGCACGGAGCUUGAGGCCGAAUCGGGCGUUCCGGCCCGCAGAAUUAGAGAAUAAAAAUGGGGACUCCUGGAUCAGGACGGAAGAGAACUCCAGUGAAAGACAGAUUUUCCGCAGAAGAUGAAGCUCUGAGUAGCAUUGCCAGAGAGGCUGAAGCCAGACUUGCAGCAAAACGGGCGGCUCGAGCAGAAGCAAGAGAUAUACGUAUGAGAGAGCUGGAGAGGCAGCAAAAAGAGUUUUCUCAUCAUUCAUAUGAUACAAAAUGGGCUCAUAUCCACAAAUGGAUGGAAGAUUCAGAGAGGGCCAGGUAUUCUCACCGGUCCAGUCGACAUUCAUAUUUGAGUCCUUUGGAUAGCAGUGGGUCUCACAGGAGCAGAGCAAGUACCACCAGAAGGAGAGAUCUUGUGUAUGACAGUGCUAAGGAUAGACCUGCAAGAUACUCAGUCCCUAGUCAUGCUUACGGUGAAUCUCAUAGUACAAAGAAGAAAACUACUUAUUCCCGUAAAGACUUAUUGAGUGGACUUUACCAUGAUCAGAGAAAUUAUAGCAGCCUUAGAUAUAGCAAACCAACUCCUUCCUACCAUACUCGGUCGUCUUCUCUAUACAGUGAUCCUGUGGCAACAACUAGGAGUUACAGGGUGUCUCCUUCUGUAAACACUGGUUUGAUAAGAAGUAUCAGUUUGGCAUCUUUGAGUGGUGAUGGAUUACGUAGCUCAUGUAGUUCUUGCACUCCAUCUGAAUACAGUUGGUAUUCUUCAAGAGCAAGCUCAAUUCGAAGUAGUCCUGUGUCCUCUGAUUUUUCUGAUAAAAGUGAAACUGCUGCUGACUAUUUCAGUCGCUCCAACCGCAGGGGAAGCGUUGUUUCUGAUGCAGAUGAUGUCCAAGGUUUGAAUAGUCUGGAAGAAAAGAGUGAAAAAUCACAUUCAGAAAUUUUUUCAAGGCCAUCGUCUCGCAAUUCAAUUCCUCUGAGUGGCAACUCAUCUAGGAGAGGAAGUGGAGAUACAAGCAGUUUAUUGGAUCCUGAUGCCUCCCUCAGUGAAUUACGGGAUAUCUAUGAUCUUAAGGACCAGAUACACGAUGUAGAGGGGAGAUACAUGCAGGGACUUAAAGAACUGAAGGAUUCACUAUCUGAAGUUGAAGAGAAGUACAAGAAAGCUAUGGUUUCCAAUGCUCAACUAGACAAUGAGAAAAACAACUUGGUGUACCAAGUGGAUACUCUAAAGGAUGUCAUUGAGGAGAAAGAAGAGCAAAUAGCUGAGUACUACAGGGAAAAUGAAGAGAAGUCAAAGGAAUUGGAAAGACAGAAACACACGUGCAGUGUUCUACAGCACAAGCUGGAUGAACUUAAAGAGGGCCUUCGACAAAGAGACGAAUUGAUAGAGGAGAAUCAACGCAUGCAGCAGCAUAUAGAUUCCAUAACCAAAGAGGUGUUUGAUCUCCAGGAGACAAUUAAUUGGAAAGAUAAAAAAAUAGGGGCCCUAGAAAGACAGAAAGAUUACUUUGACUGCAUUAAGAAUGAGCGAGAUGAGCUCAGAGAGGAGUUGGCUGACCUGAAGGAAACAAUGAAGAGAGGAGAGAAACAUGGAUUAGUGAUAAUCCCAGAUGGCACACCAAAUGGUGAUAUAAACCAUGAAUCAGCAGUUGGUGCAAUAACAGUUGUAUCGCAGGAAGCUGCUCAAGUCUUGGAAUCUGCAGGAGAAGGACCGCUAGAUGUCCGGCUACGCAAAUUAGCUGGAGAAAAGGAAGAACUGCUGUCCCAGGUUAGAAAACUGAAGAUGCAAUUGGAAGAAGAAAGGCAGAAAUACUCUAAAAGUGAUGGCAUGAAUCCAGAUAUAGUAGGCUUAGAGAAUGGUUCUGACUUGCAACUGAUUGAAAUGCAGAGAGAUGCCAACAGACAAAUUAGUGAAUACAAGUUUAGACUUUCAAAAGCUGAACAAGACAUAACCACCUUGGAACAAAAUGUUGGACGGCUGGAGGGACAGGUUGCAAGGUAUAAAAAUGCAGCAGAAAAUGCAGAAAAGGUGGAAGAUGAACUCAAAGCUGAAAAGAGGAAGCUUCAGCGAGAGUUAAGAACAGCACUGGAUAAGAUAGAAGAGAUGGAGAUGACCAAUAGCCACUUAAUGAAAAGGCUGGAGAAGAUGAAGGCAAAUAGGACUGCGCUUCUAUCUCAACAGUGAAGUGGAAAUUGAAAAUACAAUGCACUGCUCCUUGAAUAACUAGCCCCUAGCUCAUUUUUAAAUACAGACUUUCAUUGGCACACACUAUGUGAACACAGAGUUGUUCAGUGGUGUUUUAGUUUCAUAAUUAAAUGACAUACUUCUUUUUGUAACUUAUGAGAAAAUGAAAUGUAGUUUGAAUUCCCUUGUGAAUAACAGCAAUUUUUCUGUAGCGUUUGAUUCUAGAGUCAGAGCUGGAGCACAAUGCUGUAUGUUCAACCUGGUGAUAGAAAACAUUUUCACAACUGUGGAAUCAAGUUUACUCACGAUCUCUUCUGGCUGCUUUAAUGAUGCUUGAUGCUCAGAGACAACUGCAUGAAUUCAAGACGACACUGUAUUAUAAACUUAACAUAUGUUUGCUCAAGACAUCACACAGCACAAGUGCCUUUUAUCUGGUGCAAUUUAGACUUCAUUGUUGAAAUAACCCUUGAAAUCAGAUAACAUUUUAUUUUAAGAUACAUUUGGGGUGUUCAAUGAACUUUAUACAUUUUGAAAAUGCAUUUUUGUAAAAUAUUUAAAUUUAUAAGAAAAUAAAUAGGGACUGUAUAUAAAAA